CCACGCCCCGUCCCCAGAGACGGCCGCAGAAGCGCCCCGCACGCCGACGAUGGCGCGCACUGGCAGCAGGGCCCUGCCCGCGGCCCUCGCCGCGCUGGCGCUCGCCGGCGUCUCCUGGCUGCCCAGCUGCUUUGUGCCGGCGGUGGACAGGCGGGCCGUCAUCGCCGCCGCCGCCGCGGCCGCGGCCGCCGCGCAGCAGCAGGAGGCGCAGGCCGCGCAGGCGAGGUUCUCCGUGUUCGGGUUCGACGGGAGCGGGAAGGGCGCCGUGUCGGACGACGCCUACCAGCAAAUCGACCCUGACGCGGUCUCGCCCUACUCGCAGUUCAGCAACCCCAAGGAUUCUGAGUACACGAACAACAAGGCCCUGCAGGAGAAGCUCUACGAGAGGAACAAGGCCAGGGUGAUCGAGUACGUGUCGAUGCUCGACAAGGUCCCAUCGCUGAUUGAGAAGAAGCAGUCCGAGAAUCUGAAGAGCCUGCUGACCACCAAGCUCUACAGUCUCCGCGAAAGCAUGGAGUACGUGACCACCAAGGGCACGCCGUUCUACCGCAAGAACGACGCGGCGGGCAUGAAGGAGGCCGACGUCUUCUUCCAGGACCUGGCCGACCUCGGCGUGGCGGGCAGGGAGAGGAACUGGGGCUGGGCGACCGAGUCGUACGAGAAGUCCAAGGGCGAUUUCAAGGCGUGGAUGAACGUGGUGGGGCUCUGA